AAUCGAACCAGGCCCCUGGGUCCGAUAAUGACGAGGAUGAGGUGGAUGAUGGUGAUGACCAGAAACUCCAGGAGGAAUUGAACGAACUGAUUGAAAACUUCACCGACCAACCACUUCCCCCAUGUGAGUGAAUCGCUGCCACCGCCACCUAGUCAGAAAAUCUUCUUGUAAUCGCUCUUCCCAGCGGACAAACAACAGAUCCUCCUACUGGGCAGCCACUGGGAUUCCUUGGCGAAGAAUUGGGAAGGUGCAUAUGAAACGUUCAAAAAUACCGCAAUGCUGCUCGAGGGAGAGCUUCCGAGAACUAUUUUGUACAUCCUUACGACCCCCGGCCAGGAAGUCCAAAAACUCGAUGCCUCCUUCAAAACCCUAAUAGAUGCGGAGGCCUCAAUCGGGGAUCAUCAGAAGGCUCUCAGACAAGUGGCUCUUCAAGUUGGGCAGCGAACCCUAUCAAGCAGUGCGAAGGAACUAUACACUAAAGAAGUUAAGAAGGGUAAAAUGGCAUAUGAAGCCAAAACAACGCGCCAGAAAUACGCGAAGAACAAUUUAUACGGCUCAUUUAGAGAAGACAUAUGGAAUGCGAGACAUCCUGAGGAGCCCAUGGAUCCUAUCAUCAACUCAAUUCCUCGGGAGGAAGGAGAUGAAGAGGACGAGGAUGACUUCGAAGUUGGAGGCACAACCCAGGAUCUCAAAUGUCCUCUUUCACUCACAUUAUUCGAAGACCCUGUCACGGCCAAAAAAUGCAAACAUUCAUUCUCCAAAAAGUCCAUCAACGAAUACCUUCAUGGUCGACCGAAAGAAUGUCCUGCUACUGGUUGCCAUGAGAUAAUCUCGCCUCACGACCUUGAGGUUAAUCGUGGGCUAGAAUUUAGAGUGAAGGCUAGAAUACGAAGGGAAAAGGAGAAAGCCGAAGAAAAUGAGAACAUUGAAAUCGAGUCCGAUGAAGAGUGAGGACGUGCUUAUACUAAGGAUUGAACAUCCUGCCAGUUUUCUGCUCAUUUAUGUAUAUGUGUAUAUGUAUUUUGCCUUGAUUUGUAGCCAGCAUAUCGGGAUUGGGUGUCACUCAUACCGAGUCAGAGAC